AUGGUACUUGUGUUGGGAGCUGUACCGACGCCAGCCGCCCCCGCGGACGCUGACCGCCUCUGGACGCCCGGCAUCAGUGCCAGUCAACUAUUUGAUACGGAUCUGGAAACUUGUUCCCAUAGUGAUCUUUUAAAAUCAAAAUGCCUAAACAAGGAACAGGAGGAAGAAGUUCUGAACUGGAUCGCCGCUGUUCUUGGGGAACCACUUCCAAAAGGCGCGUAUGAAGACAUUUUGAAAGAUGGAGUCAUUCUGUGCAAGCUAAUCAACAAAUUAUCACCCGGAUCAGUUAAAAAGAUCCAGGAAAGGGGAACCAACUUCCAGCUUAUGGAAAACAUUCAAAGGUUCCAAGCAGCCAUCAAAAAGUACGGAGUACCAGAGGAGGAAAUAUUCCAGACGGCCGAUCUUUUCGAGAGACGCAACAUUCCUCAAGUCACCUUGUGCUUAUACUCUCUCGGUAGAAUAACACAGAAGCACCCUGAAUGGACCGGUCCUCAGUUAGGACCUAAGAUGGCGGAGAAGAAUGAAAGGUCUUUCACUGAAGAACAACUUAGGGCCCACAACGCUGAAUUAAACCUCCAAAUGGGUUUCAACAAGGGUGCGUCUCAAGCGGGCCAUGGUGGUUUUGGCAACACUCGUCAUAUGUAA